UUUAGUCUAAUAUCUUCUUAAUAUUCUUUUCGUUCAAUAAAGUCUUUAUCUCUACAUUCUAUAUAUUGGUUGGAAAGGCUGAUGGUUUCGAAUGAAUGAGGUUAUUUGUUUAUUGGUUGAGUAGACCCAUAGGUAAUACAUAAUCAGACUGUAAACAGAUAAUCUGAGAAUAAGAAAUAUGUAGGCAGUCUGUGUUGGUUUCGCCCCGUGAGCGAACGAAGUGUGUGUAUCGAGAUUGAUACAGAAAUAUAAUUAAAAAUAGCAUGCUUUCACCCCUGGUGCACUGUUGCCCGGCCAAAAUAGCCGUGGUUCCUUCGAGUGGGGUUACUCGCAAUUAGGGGUGUUGCGGGCUACUCGAAUGACAUGAUUCUGGUGGCGAGGGUAGCUUCAUGUAAGUACCCCACACCCGUUCAUUGAGAUGCUAGUCCCUAAAGGGGGCUGGGCGUCUAGGGAAGCCUUACUUAUUUUAGGGUGACUCUAGCUAGUUGUCGAAGAAUAGGAAUACGUAUAAACAAAACUGGUAAUAUAUUGGAUACGUGUACAAUCUUAUGGUCCAACUGAACUAGGGGGAAGGCAACCCCCGGUGAGUACAUUAAUGUUUAUUUAUUGGUUGUCAGUAACUGUUAGUUUAUUUUGGGUCUACCGGAGUAUCUGUUUGACCAUCCUAAGUGCAGUCAGGAUCUGUUUGGGGAAAAGAAUCCAUGUUAUUAGGUUUUAUCGGUUUUUACAAAAGCUGGACGUAGAAGAUUUGUUUUGUGGUACAUCGCAAAUAAAUUCUACCGAUCCGCAAAUAAUAUGUAAUUGAUUAAGUGUGUAAACAAAAUCCCCACAUUUAAAUAAAAUUGACGUCUUCUUGAGUGGAAGUGGGGCAGAAAUAAAACAAAAACAGUGCAAAAUUUGAUACAUAUCACGUAAUAAGUGUGUCUAAUCUCUAAUAUAAUAAAUAGCGAAAGUCGAAAUAAAGUGAUAAAGAAACAGUUUGUCGUUGGAAGAACUAGAACGUUAUAUUAUUAAUAAUCUAGUGACAAUGCACGGAAUGACUUAUAUUGGAAAAGUUAUUUCAAAUUUCAAAGAUUUUUACAAUGAUAUAAACGGCGCUACCCUUACCGGAGCCAUCGACGUGGUGGUUGUCGAACAACCCGAUGGGACCUACACUUGUUCUCCGUUUCAUGUCAGAUUUGGAAAAAUUGGGGUCUUGAGGAGCAAAGAAAAAAUUGUUGAUAUUGAAAUCAAUGGAGAACCUGUAGACAUUCACAUGAAAUUGGGGGAGAGUGGGGAGGCGUUUUUCGUUGAAGAAGUUCUGGAUUCAGACACCGAUGAAAUUCCAGACCAUUUGGCGACCUCCCCGAUCCCAGAGUCGGAAUUAGAAAAAGUAUACAAGGCGAAGAGUUUGAGAAGGAAUAGUUCGGACCUGGGUUACCAAGCUCCAAAAAUCUAUGAAAAUGAAGUAAACGACUACACCAGACGACGUUUCACCGCAGAUAACGGUGCCAUCCAGACAACGCGUGAAUUAGAAUUCAUAAAACGCCAAAUAAAUCUGGGCAACAUUGAAUUAAAAAAUUCUGCAGAAGAUGUCACCAUUUCCUUACAGGCGUCGAAACUGAGUUGUGAGAACUUAAAUAAAAAUACAAACACGUCCGAAACAAUAUUUAGGAUGGACAGUUUGGACAUGGAGGAGAUACAUAGCGUAACUGCUCCAAAAAUCACAAACGUCCCGCCCGUACCUGUUGUUUCGAAAACUCCCGAAAAACCGGAAAUUACUACAACAGAUAAUAAAAGUUCGAGGAAAAAACGACGGAAGAAGGCCUCUAUAAAGAAGAAGCACUCUAAUAUUAAACCGAGUAACACAAGUUGUGAUACAUCGAGAGAGGGCGACACUAUUCAAGAUGGGACUGGGACCGGGACCGGGACCGGGACCGAUGGCAAAACUUAUGAUUCGACAACUGACAGAAGCUCUCUUGAUAGUAAUAUUUCUGAACCUGAGCUUAAAGAUGUUGAUGAAGGGUCUUUCACGAAAUCGUUAAAAGCUGAAUCGGAACCAGAAAGCGUUAAUCAUUCCAGUAGGAAGCUUUUAGAUCCCGAUUUCCAUUUCUUUAGUGACACCGAAUUGACGACAGGCAUUAACGACUCGAGGCCCCUGUCACCUGUUAAUGUCGAGUCUGUUCUGUCUGACACUGAAUUCGAAGUUAAAAAUCGCAAAGACGAUGACAAAGAUAACGAAGGUCAGAGUUGGGGUUGGGGUGAAUUUCCUAGUUCAAAGAUUCCGACGUCAUCCCCUUUGACUGAUGAACAUACCAAAUCUCAACAUCAGUCCAUGUUAAGUAGUGUUUUCUCAUUCAUGAAACAUCAAAGAAAAAGCAGUAAUAAUGACGGAAUAUACCUUGCGGACUUGAGUUCAGGUUCUAUCAAACCGGAAGUGGCAGCCUUAUACUUGUCAGACGUUGGGACAUCUAAAAAACCAACAGAUGCAGACAUGGAUUGUGAAUCAGGGAAUGGGCCCUCUCUCCCGCAAAGUCCGAAUAGUGGCGAACAGUGCAAAUCUAUCGAUUCAGACUAUGAAGACCAAAGUAAAGGUGAGAAAAAUUUUUUGGACGAUGUCUCAAUAUCGCUGUGUGGAUGGGAUCCUGAGCCAACCGAAGACCAGUUUAUAAAAUAUUUAGUACCAUUUAGUGAUUUGUGCAAUAAUCCUCAAUUGCUUGAAUCUCCUAAGAUUGUUAUUCGAAUCCAGAAUAAGUACCUCAACUGGAAAGUAGCAGCUCCAAUUCUUGUAACUUAUUUUAUUUAUCGGAGACCUCUGCCACAAUCAACAAUUGAUCAAUUGUGUGGACUUCACAUGCCCUCCUCACACCAACACGAGGAACAAAGUCAACAAUCUUUAGAAAAAGAAAAACAAUCUAAACAAGAACAACAGCAAUCGGGUUAUUCAUGGUGGAGUUGGAGACGAAGCAGGAAAUCAAGAGAAACUACCCCAUCUCUGGAAAACACCAUAAAUACCGUAAUCGAAGGCGAAGCCUCGAAAAUAAUGGGUUCAAAAGACGAAUGCGUAGAAACAGUUAAAGAAACUUACAUGGAAGAUCUAAAAGACUCUGAAAAAGAUGAUGUGAAAAGUGAAGAUAAUAAGACAUUAGACUCUCACAGUUCCAAGUCAGAAAAGUUUGACAAAUGUCGAAAAACAUUACGCUUAAGUUCAGAACAGAUAAAAAAACUUAAUUUGAGAGACGAUUUGAAUGAAAUUGUCUUUAGUGUAACGACUGCCUAUCAAGGUACGACACGGUGCAUGUGUCAUCUUUAUAAAUGGAAAUGGGACGAUAAAAUUGUCGUGUCAGAUAUAGACGGUACCAUUACAAAGUCUGAUGUGCUAGGACAUAUUUUACCAAUCGUAGGUAAAGACUGGGCCCAAUCUGGUGUGGCUCAAUUAUUUAAUAAAAUUAAAAAUAACGGUUACAAAUUAAUGUACCUUAGUGCUAGGGCGAUUGGACAAGCUAGAAUAACAAGGGAUUAUCUAAGAUCCAUUUGCCAGGACGAUAAUUUCAUGCCAGAUGGACCAGUGUUGCUCAAUCCUACAUCCCUUUUAACAGCUUUUCACAGAGAAGUGAUAGAGAAAAAACCAGAACAAUUUAAAAUAGCUUGCAUGAGUGAUAUAAGACAACUGUUCCCGAGCGAUGCCGAUCCUUUCUAUGCUGGUUAUGGAAAUAAGAUCAAUGAUGUAUGGGCAUACAGGGCUGUUGGCAUUCCUAUUGUUCGAAUAUUUACAAUUAAUCCGAAAGGAGAAUUAAGACACGAAUUAACUCAGACGUUUCAGUCAAGGUAUGUUACGUUUAUUUUGUCUGUUUCUAAUGUGCAUCUAGUCUUAGUUUUAAUAUUUAUAAGCUGCUUGGUAUUAAAAGUAAGUAAUAACAAGGGGUUUGAAGUGUUUUAUGGCUGCUAUGUUAAUGAAUGGGUUGUUGAUUUUUUGAAAAAUUGGGCGUUAUUAGAAAAUAGAGAAGUGGAUUGUUGAAAAAUUUGUUAUGCUUGUUUGAUGUGUAAUAUCUUAUCGCUCGAUAUGUGCGUUUCUGUGACAAUGGGAGUAAUUUUGUUAAUGCAACGGAAACGAGUAAGCGGAACUUAGGGAAGGGUAAGCGCCCGUGUUAUUUAAUCAAUGCUAGACAUAGAAAAAAGGAAAAAAGGAAAGAAGACACAACUGUCAAUCGUUCGAUCUGGUAACCAUUGUCUUGUACAUCACAACCCAUAUCACACAACAUAAGUUUUGAAAUCAUUAUUUACAAUAUAAAUUAAACAAUUUUGUAGUUGUGUUGAUAUAUACUUCGUUACACAAACUCAUUUUCGGAAGUUACUUGGAUAAAGUAAGUAUUAAUAGAUAAUUUCUGUAAUUAAUAUUAUAAAUAAUAUCGUAUACUUUCAAAAUUUACGCUUAAUUCUUUUUGAAGGUUCCCCAAAUUUUUUAUGUUAAUAUAAAUUUGUUUUUUGUAAUAUUCGAACUGGAUACUUGGAUUAUAAAAACACACGUUUUAGUGAUUGCUGAAUGUAUUUGUAUUGAUUGCUUUUAUAUAUAAAUUAUAUAGAAGGUAAAGAAGUUUAUUCAUAUAAGUGUCCCAUUCUGGUGUAGUUCUUUCAUAAUUUCUUUGGAUAGUCGUUUAUUUCAUACAGUAUUGUUGUUAAAAUUGUUUUUGUUUUUUUAACGAUUAUAAGAAAUUAUGCUGAAGUGAGAUAUUUUGUAUAGUAUGAAUGUUUAGAGAAAAAAUAUUACAAAAAAAAACAUCGUUUUUAAAGUGAAAAGGUCCAGUAAGAAUAAAUUGCUU